AUGGCCCUUGCAAGUGGACACUGGGUGGAAAAGGAGACUGGAGGAGUGCCACCCAGCCCGAGGCAUGGUCAUGCAAUUGCAGUGGCGGGAAAUAUUGUAUUUUUGUAUGGAGGAGUGUCGACCAUGAAAUCUGAGGAAUCUCAGCCUUUAUACCUGAACGAUUUUUACAUGAUUACAGUUACUCCUAGUUGUGUUACUUGGGAGAUGAUGCCGCAGAACGGAGUUGUACCCACAGCAAGAGAAGGGCACACACUUUGUGUUGUCAAAGGAAAAUUGUACUUAUUCGGAGGUUCCUGUCAUCUUCAAGCAACAGAAUGUCUCCCGGGGGUAUACUGUUUUGACAUUGUGACACUGAGAUGGGAGAAGCUGGUUACCGGAGGUGUUUCUUUGAGGACUCUCAGACAUAGCUCUGCACCCUUGGGCGAUAACAUCUACGUUUUUGGAGGAAUGGUGGAUGGAACGCCUACAGACAACCUCAUGAUGUUCAAUACAGUGUCAAUGAUUUGGACACCUAUCAAAACAACUGGGACUUCACCAUCUGCAAGAUAUAACCACAUAUGCGCUGUCGUCAAUGAGCAGAUCUUCUUGUUUGGUGGAUGUGGAGAGGACGGGUCCUACUACAAAGACAUUCACAUUCUAAAUACAGAGACCCUGGCGUGGCAGAAAAGUGAGGUUAAAGGGGAAUCACCGCUGUCCUGUGCUGGUCAGACCUUUACAGCUCACCAUGACAAGGAUGUCUACUUGUUUGGGGGGAUGAUCACUGGCCCUGAAGGAACUGUCUCUUCAACUAAUGAAAUUCACAAGCUAAGCGUUGCAAAGAUGAAAUGGAAGGUACCUUUGUAUGUGGGGAUUCCUCCAGCAAGACGUUAUGGCCACACCGCCUUUAUUCUUAAUAGUCAUAUGUACGUGUUUGGAGGUAAGAAUGAAGAACAGGAAUUCAAUGACUUGAAGAUCAUGAAAUUAAUAAAUCCAUCAGAGAGACAGCCAGUCAUGAAGGAGAUUCUGUCUGAAUUUGGACUUCAGGGAGUCAGCAACAGCUUUGUGCCAACAAAGGUUCCCAAUGUGAAGUACGAGCUGAGUGAGACUCCAUUACCCGUGAAGACGGAGAGAACGGAGUCAACACAGCCCACAGCUCAUCGUGAUUUCACUGCCGUCCGUGAUGAGGCAAUGAGCAUGAUCCACAAAGCUUUCGCAAUUUUAGAUGAGGAGUUCCGCAAACUAGACAGAGAAAAGUCAGAGCUUUCGCAAGCGGCAGAAGCGCUGCGGUGUGAGCAACAGGCUUACAAUGAGUUUCACCAGAAGCAGACUCAGGAACUUCAGGAAAUGCUGGAGAGGCACAGAUCUCAGAACGAGGCUUGGCUCCGAGCUCGAGCAGAAGAGAACGACAAGGAGAGGAAGGAGCUGUGUAAACUCAGGGAGGAGGUGCUUCAUGAGCAGGAGAAGCUAAAAGAAGAGCAGUGCAACAUCCAAAAACGCAGUGAGCACCUCCUGUCCAUUAUGCAGCAGUUCAAAGGCAUGUGAAGACACUGUCUCCAUGGCAACCAGAAGGAGGAGAGAGGCCGAGUUUUGUUUUCCAUCACACUCUUUGCUGUCAUUGCUGUGCGUGUGAGCGUGUUCAUUCGUCGGACCCCUUUGUGUCCUUUAAUCACUGUAGACAUGCAUACAUUGAUCAUGUAUUUGCAUAACUGCCUUUAUAUGUCGUUGUACAGAGAAAGACACCUGUAAAACCAGGGCCUUAUGCAACCAAACAAAACCAGGCUGACAGAGUAUGUAUGCUUUAUUGAGAAAACUACAGGCCCAGAUUUUCUGCCCAAAAGUACAGAAAGAGGACUGCUUUCAUUCUUGUCAAACAGGUUG